ACCUUCGUUUUAUUCAAACACUUUGUUUUAUCAUUUUCCACGUAAAACAAUUUUUGGUUUCCUCACUUAGUCCCGAGCUACUAUCGCAAUGAACCACUUGUCCCUUGUCACACUUUUUUGCCUAUUUGGGGCCAUUUUCGCCCAAGAUUUACCGUCAUGUGAGAGCAAAAUUUACUGCCAAGGCAAAUUGCUCGACACGAUCCAAAUGGCCCGACUUUUCGACGAUUCCAAAACUUUCGUCGACAUGGCCUUGAAAAACUCCGAAGAAACGGUACUCGAAAAUUUCGAUAAAUUGCUCCAGGACACUGACAAUAACCCGAGCAAGGACGACUUGGAACAGUUCCUUGAGGAAAAUUUCGAAAAUCGGGAGGAACUCGAAGAGUGGAGUCCGGAGGACUACACGGAAAGUCCAAAAUUUUUGGAAAAAAUCCAAGACAAGGGUUUGAAACAAUUCGCCCAGGAGUUGGUCAAGCUUUGGCCGAAAUUCGGCCGGAAGAUGAGCCCAGAAGUUGGGCAAAACCCAACCAAACACUCACUUAUUCCAGUCAACAACGGAUUUAUUGUUCCAGGAGGGCGUUUUAACGAAUUUUACUAUUGGGACACUUAUUGGAUUAUUAAGGGACUUUUGAUGUGCGAAAUGAAGGAUACGGUUAAAGGAAUUUUGGAAAACUUCUACCAAAUUGUAAAAAAAUAUGGUUUUGUGCCAAACGGUGCCAGGGUUUACUACUUGAACCGGUCCCAACCCCCACUCCUCGCACUGAUGACAGCUGCUUAUUUUAAGGAAUCAAACGACUCGCAAUGGCUGGGUGAACAAAUCCCUGUUCUGGAAACCGAGCUGAAUUUUUGGCUCCAAAACCGUUCGAUUGAAGUCAAUUUGGGCGAAAACAGCUACACUCUAUUCCACUACGCCUCCGAAAGUGGAAGUCCGAGACCAGAGUCCUACUACGAGGACGUCCAAAGUGCUAACAAAAUCGAAAAUGAAGCCCAAAAAGUCCAGUUGUGGGCCGAUUUGAAAAGCGCGGCUGAAAGUGGCUGGGACUUCUCCUCCCGCUGGAUGUCCGACCCCAACGGCGACCUCACCGACGCCCAAACCAGGAACAUAAUCCCCGUAGACUUAAACUCCUUCCUCUGCCAAGCUUUCAGCAUCAUGUCCUCCUUUCACCAAACUUUGGGCAACGACCAGGAAGCCACUCUCUGGGCCACCAAAACCCAAACUUUAAAAUCGGCCAUAAAAGAGGUUUUUUUCGACGAAACCGACGGAGUUUGGUACGAUUACGACCUGAAAUUAGCCCAGAAGCGGAAAAACUUCUACCCCAGUAAUUUGACCCCUUUGUGGGCGCGCGCGAGCCACGAAAUCGACGCGGGGAAAAUCGUGCAGUAUCUGGGGCAGGUUUUGGGGUACGGGGGCGGCGUGCCUGCGUCCUUGACCAAGUCGGGGCAGCAGUGGGACUUCCCGGGGGCUUGGCCCCCUUUGCAGGAACUUGUCAUAAAUUCGCUCUACCGUACGAAGGAUUCCAAAGCGAUUGAGGUGGCUAAGGAGUUGUCGCAAAAAUGGCUCAAGUCUAAUGUCCAGGCGUUCGAUAAAUAUGGGGCCAUGUUUGAGAAGUAUGACGCUGAAAGAGUGGGGGAGCCCGGGGGUGGGGGCGAGUACGAGGUCCAGGAGGGGUUUGGGUGGACCAAUGGGGUGGCCUUGAUGCUAAUCAAGUGGGCUUGAAUAAAUCGUUGUGAAUUUUUAAACCUAAUUUCGAAAAAAAAACGAUAUGGUAGUAAUUUAA